AAAGUUCUCUAUGGUUAACCUCAUUUUGCAUUAGCGUCCCAAAACAAAACAAUUGGUAACGUAAAAGUAUAGUGGAAACUGGAAAAAAACAUGAAAGACGUGAUAGACGUUUUGGCUUUACAAAGCAGUCGAAGAGAAAGAAGAUUACCCGAUUACCGUAGUGCUCCAAGUCAUAGUUUAGCCACAAAUUUCAUAUUUGAAUGUGGUAUAAAACUUGGAUUACAACCAGCGACUGUUGCUACCGCUGCAAUUUUUUAUCAUAAAUUCUUCAAGGAAGCCGAUAAAAAUGACUAUGAUUGCUACGUAAUAUGUACCGCUUGUUUGUGUGCGGCGGGCAAGUCCCGAGAUGAACCUGUAAGACUGCGGGACGCUGUUAACGUUGCACACAAUUCUAUAAAUCGUGGAGCUGGGCCUUUGGAGUUAGGCGAAGAGUACUGGUCAUGGCGGGGCGCCGUCGCGCAGGCAGAGUUGUUGGUUCUGCGUUUGCUCGGUUUUAACUUGGAUGCUCCAUCCCCUCACAGAUAUUUGCUACAUUACUUGCGCUCACUACAAGAAUGGUUCCCUCCAUCACAGUGGCGCUCUGCUCCCAUAGCCCGCACCGCGAUGGCUUUCCUGCAAGACUUCCAUCAUUCCCCGUCUAUACUGGACUACAGAGCUCCUCACGUAGCUGUAGCUAGCUUGACGUUGGCACUGCAUGUGCUGGGAGUGUCGGUACCGCUAGCCGCAACAUUGGACGAUGAUGCUGCUUGGUAUUCGGUGUUCACCAAGGACCUACAAAAGGAGAAAAAUUGGGAGAUAAUGGAGAAGAUUAUGCAAGUGUACAGCAGGGAGCCAGAACCUAUAUAGACAAAUGGUUUUUCAAUCAUUUUCAUGUGUGACUGCGAUUAAAGUAAUUUGAGAGUGAUAA